CAUAAGGUCCCCUUUAUACAAAUGAAGUCAUGCAAAACAUAUUUCCAUAUUAGCCACGUUCUGAGUGGGGGGCCAGGGAGGAGAAUAAAGAAAAAAAAAUAUAUAUCCUUUAAUAUUCACUCCAAGACCAUUAGAUCUGUAUCUGGAGGUGGAUUGCAUUUUAUACUAUGUUUUCUUUUCUACUUACAUAUGUGACCUCCUUUUGAUAACAUAGGAUACACUGAAGACAAGUUCCUAGGACCUUGAUUUCAUAGAACUAAAAGCAAAAUUCUCUUAGGAAAUUGUGAAGGUGUUUUUUGAUAUCAGGGUUGGUAUGGAGAUCAAAUGUGGCAAUCAUACAUCAAGUUUUUCACAAGCUUUAAAGAAUAUGAAUGCUCUUCUUUUUCUUAUUGCUAUCAUUGGGUUUUGCCUGCAUCAUGCUCAUGGUCUGAAGAUUAGAUGAGAAUGUUCCUGAAGGGACCAGACGGAAGUCGGUGUUGCAUUCUCUGCAGACUGUCCCUAAAUGGGCAUUCGUCAUAUUGCCUGACGAUCCUAAUCCAGCUUUGGAACUUUUAAAAGGUGUCAUUAAUGUGAUAAGUAAUGUCAAAGUUGCUUCCUUAAACUGAUCAUUACUCACUUUUGGUAUCGCAGUUGAUUUGGAUUCAUUUCUCAGUUUUCAGCCCGUCUACUCUUCCAGCGAGAUGUUUUGGCCUUCAUGAUUUUAUCUGUCUCCUGACUUUUCUUUCUUUUCUUCCUUCUGUUGUUUAAUGAGGUGGCUGCCUUGUAGUGCCUCUGACAUUCCAGGGGCUCCUCGUAUUUCUUUGUAUUCUCUUCAGUGGAGCAGAAGAUGAGUCUCUGGUUCCAUUUCCCCAUUCCCCAGUACCAAGGUGGAGAAAACAUUUCUUGUUUUGUUACAUAUGGUUUCAAAUUCUCCUUUUUCAUAUUCUUGCUCCCAAAGGCAAGUUGUUUUAUUUUGUUUUAAAAUUCAUAGAUCCAAACUUAAAAAAACACUGAAAUUCUCCACUGGAAAUUUUAAAGAAAAUCAUAACUCAGUGACAUCUGGUUCUAAGAGUGGGAAGGCUGACUUGCCAUUCCAAAGGGAAGAUCUGGGACAACCUGAGCUCCUUGGGGCAUGACUUGUUUUUGUCUUCUCGUCCUGACUACCGCUUCUUCUGUAACUUUGGGCAAAUCCUCAUAUCUCCAUGAGCCUUAGCGUCUUCAUCUGUAAACAAGAGUGCUGCAUUGAUGGCCUCUGGGAUCUCUUCCAUCUCUAGAGCUACGAAGGUGUGCACUGCAGAGCAAAUGCUUGCUCAGUUGACUUGAGUGUGUGGUAAGCAAUUUGAGAGAAGUGCCUAGAAGGAACGCUAUUAUUACACUGCCAAGAAGCUAAUGGCAUCCUGAGUAAUCCUCCCUCUGGAAAUGGUUUGCGGACUGCGCUGGCCCUCCCAAACCUCCGUGAUGCUUUUCGUUUUUCUUCUCUGGCUGUACCCAAGGCAAACCUUCCUUUUCCCUUUGGAAGGAUUCAGUAUGUCUACAUGCUCAGACAUCUUGCUAAUGCGAUAUUUCCCAUAAUAUUCAAACUCUAGGUUCCUCAGGAAAUAUUAGCGAGGAGUAGCCAUGCCCCAGGAUCUAAACCCAACCCCUGGGUCAUGCUACUGCUUGCAGUGAGCAGGAAGCGGCUCCAGGCAACUCCUAAUAAUUGCAGGAAUGGAAGGAAAGAAGCAGGCUGGAACAAUAACAGGGGAUGGGAGGAGCAUUCAAGGAGGAGAGUAAAGGGAAAAUGAGGAAACUGCCCCAGCUUCGGCUUUCCAAGACCUGCACCUGAAGGCAGCAUUUGGUUUGUUUUGGUUUUGUGUUUUGCUUUUAAUGUGCUUCCAAAAGCAUCCUUAAACACGCACACAUGCCUGGAUACCUUCUGGUGACUCAGGUCAUGGAAUUACCUGAUGUUACACAUCUCCACGCAACAGCUUUCUUCCUCAUCUCCAUCUAGCCUUCAAACUAACCUUUCUCAGGAGCUUUCCCCAGUCUGAUCAGAGGGCCUCUUUAAAUAAUGACUGCCUCGUCUGUCCAGACAAUCCAAAGGCAUGGUGGUUUCAGCUCCCUCUCCCACCCCGCAGUAGGAAUACUACAUUAAUUUACGUAAAAGCUAUUCUAUUCUGAGGUCUGUCAAACCAAUUAUUUUCGUGCCUAAGUGCCACUAAGAGUUGGGUGGCUGACAUUUUGGAAGCACUCCCGAAUCCAGCUUCCCUAGCCUGGUCCUACUCAUCCCUCUUACCUCAACCCUAACAUUACCCUUUGGGGAAAUUCUAGCUAUUCAGCAGUACUGCCCUCAGAUCAUUCCCCUGUACAAAAACUUAAGAGUUCAUGGAAAAUGAGAACCAUUAGAGCCAGGCCUGGACAAUCCCUACCUCUAAUGCUUACUGCUCGUUUGACCCUGGGCAAGCGACUUCAUUUCUCAUUCUGAGUUGCAGAAAAGGGAGGGAUUUCCAUUGAUAAAGGGUGGUUCUUCACUUGGAGUACCUUUCAACCAAUGAAAUUUCUGGUUCUGCCCACGUUGGCCCUCUUUCCCCUCACUUCUGACAGUCUUUGCCAUGUACAGAGAACAUAAAAUUGACCAUCUUCCCAUCCGGUGCUGAGUUCAAGUUCAGCGUCUGAGGAAUCUAGAUUUCCAGCUGGAAAGGAUCUCAGAGGUCAAGCAGCCCCUAACAGAGGGCCUGUCAUAUAGUAGGCGCAUACUAGAUUCUUGUUGGUGGCUCUAGUCCAGGGAUUCUUGACCUUUGUGUCCUGGGUUCCUUCGGUACUCUUGCAAGCCUAUGGAACUUUUCUUUUUUAAAAACAAUCAUGGUUUUAAGUUCAUAAAAUAAAAGGCAGAGGAUUACAAAGGAAAUCCGUUAUAUUCAAAUACAGUCAUUAAAAUGACUACAACAACAAGUCCACGGGCCCCAGAUUAGGCACUUCCGAACUCAUCCAAUGCCCUCAUUUUACAGAUGAAAAAACCGUGACCAGUAGAGGUCAUGACUUGGCCAAGGUUACCUCAGAGGCAGGUUUUGAACCCAGAUCUGCUGACCUCAUCUCGUGAUAUUUCCAUGAGCUUAUAAGAUGACGAACUUCAGUUCGUAAGCAACAGAUGACAUGUGGACCUGUGAGGUGAUUGAUGACCCCCAUCCUUUCCUCCAGUGUGUUGAUACCAAGGUUUUCUGACAUUUUACACAAUGUUGUUUUCUUUUUAAGAGUUCAAUGUUCGUUCCUUAGUAAACAAUAUUCUGUGUUAAUAUGGAGCAGUGGCUCUUAACCUAAUGCCUGUAAACUUUUCAGAAAUAUUUUCAUAGCCCUAUUUUAACAUAAUUGGUUUCCUUUGUAAUCCUGCGCAUAUUUUAUUUUAUGGAUUCAAAAACCUGAUUCUGAGCAAAGGUCCGUAGGCUGCACUGGCUUGACAAAGGAUGGGGUGGGUCCGUGGCAUACAAUCGCUUAAGAGCCUCUAGACCAAAGGAACGUUGCGUGGAACUCUGGCUUUUCUUCAUGGUGGAAGUCACUAGGGUCACGGCCAGGUUUACUGAGGAACUGCCACUUUGAGGAGGGCCAGGGAGCGACUGCUGGCCGGGGUUCCCUCCUUUGCAGAUAUUCUCUCUGCUGUUAACAAGGCUGCUUCAGCAUUGGCAGCGGCCCGCAGGCAGCCCUGCAAAGCGUGAGGGGCUUCUUCCUAAUCUGAACCUCACCUUCAGGCUAACCUUGUCCAAGGGCUCUUCCCGGUCCCAUCGGAGGGCCUCUUUAAUAAUGGACGCCUCUGUCUGCCCAGACUGUCCGAAGGCGCGGGCCGGCAGCAGGAAUGUGUCACAUUUACACUCCAGCUCCGAGGUUAUAAUGCUUUACAUAUAAGAUGGGAGAUACCACUAGGAUUGUGGAGGGGAUGCUCCCCUGGAGCCCGGGAUCUCCCCUUCCCCUUUUUCCUCGUCCCCGAGCAGCAGGGCCGAUGCAAUGGCCUCGGUGGCUCCUCCCGCCUGGCUCGUGGGGGGCUUCUGGGGGGAGUGCCAGCCAAGCCAGCCCGCCGCUCAAAGUUUCCCAGCUUUUUUUCCCUGUGUGUGCAUUCUUGAGGCUUGAGCAAGUACGCCCAGUGCUUCCUGGUAGGGUUUGCUGAAUGGGGGAGGGGCGGUGCAGGCAGCAACGGAAACCAGGCAUCAGAGAUAAGAGUCUGCCCAGCUCCGUGCAACAGCCUUUCGCUGCAGCUGAAUGAGCCGGGGCCAUCCUCAUAAUGCUUCUGUGACAAGGGACUGACAAGUUCAAUUUCCAAUCUUGGUCAUCUUGUCAGAAUGAAUCCCACAAUGCCUUGGGCAAGCCGUCUACAGUCUGGUUGCCUCUGAAAAAUAUGUGAGAGGUUGGUACUAAGAAGUGCCUUUCCUGACGUCUCUGCUGCUUGGACCGCUUCUAGAGCAGCCUCUGCUUUUGCCUUGCUUGCUGCGAGCUAGACCGCGAAGACAGCACCUCCACCCUCCACCCUCCGCCUCUAGCCCAGACACCCCCAUUUCUACUUAGAAUCAAGAGAAAGCCUCUGAGUAUCUGGCGUUGCCUUAGGCUGCUUUAGGGGACAGAAAGAGAGAGAGAGAGACAGAGAGAUUGAGAGACAGACAGAGACAGAGAGAGAGAUUGAGAAAAGUUUGCUGGAAAAAAAGUAAGAUAUCUUCUGCCAGAAAAAUCAAGGAGGAAAACCAACCAAACAAACAAAAAUAAUUUCUCGAUUGUUGCUCUAAAGCUGCUGCAUCUGUCUAUGCCAAACUAAUCAAUACCAAUUGCACCACAGAACCCAAUUGCAAAUUCAGCUGUGAGGAGAUUCCCUUUCAGACAAUUUGCUGAAAGCAGCUUGGAAAUUCUGUGUCGAAGGGUCUGCCACGUUUUCAUGCUUGUGUUUUGGGCUCCAAAUUGGCACUGAGAAUGGGUUAUUGAGAGCACAAGGCUAGUUCCCGGCCCCACUUUUAAACACUGAUACACUUGUGAUCCUAGCAUUUCUCUUAAGUCCCAAACCUCUUUCGAUGAACAGUUUCAUGCUGUGAAUUUCUAGUGGGAUCUCUUUUCCUUGAUAUUGACAACACGAUUUUCCAUGUACCUUUAAAGAGCAGGGAUUUGGGGACAGAGUAUUUCAAGAGGUGACAUUUUCAUCAUUUACAGUCUUAACAGUUUGGCUUUUUUUGGGGGGGGAGGGCUUGGUUUGGUUUUGUUCGUUUGUUUCACUGAAAAAAAAAUUAACUACCUGUAAAAUCUAAACAUGGCUGUUAGUGUCACGCCAAUUCGGGACACCAAAUGGCUCACACUGGAAGUGUGUAGAGAGUUCCAAAGGGGCACUUGCUCACGAGCAGACACGGAAUGUAAAUUUGCACAUCCAUCGAAAAGCUGCCAAGUUGAAAACGGACGAGUAAUCGCCUGCUUUGAUUCAUUGAAAGGUCGCUGUUCAAGAGAGAACUGCAAAUAUCUUCACCCGCCUCCCCACUUAAAAACACAAUUGGAAAUAAAUGGACGCAACAACCUGAUUCAGCAGAAGAACAUGGCCAUGCUGGCCCAGCAGAUGCAACUUGCUAAUGCCAUGAUCCCUGGCGCCCCGCUACAACCUGUGCCAAUGUUUUCUGUUGCCCCCAGCCUAGCCACCAAUGCGUCCGCCGCCUUCAAUCCCUACCUGGGACCCGUUUCCCCAGGCUUGGUCCCAGCAGACAUCUUGCCAACUGCACCAAUGCUGGUUACAGGGAAUCCUGCUGUUCCAGUACCUGCUGCGGCAGCAGCUGCAGCACAGAAAUUAAUGAGGACAGACAGACUGGAGGUAUGUCGAGAGUAUCAACGGGGCAAUUGUAACCGAGGAGAAAAUGACUGCCGAUUUGCUCAUCCUGCUGACAGUGCUAUGAUUGAUACCAAUGACAACACUGUCACCGUGUGCAUGGAUUACAUCAAAGGGAGAUGCUCUCGGGAAAAGUGCAAAUAUUUCCACCCUCCUGCCCAUCUACAAGCCAAGAUCAAGGCUGCCCAAUACCAGGUCAACCAGGCUGCGGCUGCCCAAGCUGCAGCCACUGCAGCUGCUAUGACUCAGUCGGCUGUCAAAUCACUGAAGCGACCCCUCGAGGCAACCUUUGACCUGGGAAUCCCACAAGCUGUUCUUCCCCCAUUACCAAAGAGGCCUGCUCUUGAAAAAACCAAUGGUGCCACGGCGGUCUUUAACACUGGUAUUUUCCAAUACCAGCAGGCUCUUGCCAACAUGCAGUUACAACAGCAUACAGCCUUUCUCCCACCAGGCUCAAUCUUGUGCAUGACACCCGCUACAAGUGUUGUUCCCAUGGUGCACGGUGCUACGCCCGCCACUGUGUCCGCUACAACAACGUCCGCCACAAGUGUUCCCUUCGCUGCAUCAGCCACAGCCAACCAGAUACCCAUAAUAUCUGCCGAACAUCUGACUAGCCACAAGUAUGUUACCCAGAUGUAGAAAUUUCAUCACCAAACAAUCAUACUAAAGAGAAGAGGACAGUGUGCUUGGUUAGAAUAAAGGACGAGGUCGUUAGCCAUAAUGUAUAUACUGUCAAGCAACACACCCAGCCAAACCCUCAGCCGUAAAGCAUCCACCUAUUGCAUGUUAUCAAGAUGAAAAGACAACAUGGAAACCCACUGCACACUGUUGCCUAGAUAUUUUGUAUAUUGAAUUGAUAUUUGUGCUGAGGUGAUCUUAAUGUCUAAAAGAACAACAUUGUCUCUCUUUUCUAGCACAGAGAGAUGCAUAUGUAUUUUGGUAUGCAUCCACCUAGUUAAUUUCCUACAUACUCAUGCCAUCUUGAAAAGACAGACUAUGGUGUAACCAUGAUUCUAUCAUGUAUUGGUACGUCUGUAGACCAAGAUAUAAUUUUUUUAAAAAAAUAAGUUUAUUUCUUUCAAGGUUUACAAAUAACAAAGGUGCACCUUGUAUUUAAAAUUGCCAUUAUAGACGAAAGUGUGCAUGCACAGUCAUUUUUGUUGAAGAGUAAUAUUUUUAAUGUAAUAGAUUGUAAGAGGUGGUGAGGGAGGGAUCUGACAGAGAUGAAUGUGCCAAGCAAAACCAUAGCUGUGUAUAUUUUAAAGCACAUCAUGGCUUUAAGAACCAUGUUGUUGAAGAUUCUCAUGAAGUGCCAUAGACUGUACAUCAAAGUAGAGUAUUAUUUCUUCAGUGUUAUUAUUUUCAGAGCCACGUUUUGUUGCUUACUCGCUAAUACCGAUCAGUCAAAGGGCACCGUUCUUUUUUCGAAACCAAAGCUGUCUCAGAAAUGGCCCAUUUAACCUUACAGUAACCAUAGGCAGCACAAGACAAACUCUCAAAUAAACACAGAAAACUCACACAUACUGGAGAUAUAGAGAGAGAGAUAGCUAUAUAGAGAUUAUAUAUAUAAAAUUAUUUUAAUGCAUUGUAGUGUAAUAUUUAUGCAUAUUAUACUGUAUAACAUGAUGCUCAAAAAAAAAAGGGAAAUGCCAUUUCUGAGACACGGUAACAAGAAAACAAUGUUUGAGGAACUUGCUUUGCUUCUAUUUAUAGCCUCUGUCAAAAGUCAAAAGACUAUAAAUGCUUUGCAAAAAUAGUUUCACUUUGUUUCCAUUCUUCAUUACAGUCACAUUCAAAAUGGUGACUCUAAACAAAGAGGAAGGCAGCAGCACUGGCAUUGGAUGCAUGUUAAACCAAAAUAUAAAAAAAAAAUGGUAAAGGUUUAAUUAAGUAGUAAUUGGGCAGGUUAAGUACUUGGGUGAAUUUUAUAUGUGAUUUUUUUUCUCUUUUUGUUUCUGUUUUGUUUUGAUUAACUGCUUAUAGCCUUAGAAAGCCUUUUACAAAAUUAAAAAUAUAUGUAGAUGUGCAUUCAGUUUUUAAAAAUAGAUUCAUCCAAAGGAAUUCCUUUUUUCUUUCUUUCUUUUUCUUGUGGUUUAGAUGUUGCAGCUAGUAGAGGAUAUACAUAUAUGUAUAUGGACGGAUAUAUAUGUAUAUGUAUAAUUUUUUUUGCCUGUUCAGCAAUUCUGAGCAUUGCUGAAAUGGGGGCCAGGUCACUAGUAGUGUGGUGUGGAAUGGAAGAGGAGGAGGUUCCGUUAUAGAACCUUCCAUACUUCCACGUUUACGGCAAGUUUUUAUGCUCGAGAGAUAUGCUUUCUAGUAUAAGAAUGAUGUGUUGAUUUUACUGAUUGUACUGUACAUCUAAUAAAGCCUUAGAUUAUUACAUUACGGGUUGGACCCCAUACCAAUGUAAUUUCAAUCGUGUUAAGAAAGUAUAGGUGACUUCACAUGUUAUUGUAGUUAGUUUCAUUAUAGAAUUACUUAUUUUCCUUGUUAAAAUGUAGAUUUUAAUUUCCUACAUUUAUUAAAAUUGUUUUCAUUUUCUAUUAACAAUUGAAUACCAUUUCAGUUUAUAAAAUUUUGUUUUAUUAGAUUUUACUGAUGAAUUUUUCAAAAUACAAAAAAAAUAGUUUUUUUUCUUUCAUAACAUACUCAGUUUUGAAUUACAUGUAGUGUCAUAUAAGGAUUCGUAUUAUUGUUAACUAAAUGAUUUAUAUUUUACGGAUUUAAUAUUACAGUGUAAGAAUGUCAGUCAUUGUUAGUUCUUGUCUAGUUUUCAUUAAAAGAACAAAGAUCUUUUAUAUGGAUAUCUUAUAAUUAUAUAAUCAUUGCUAAGUAAGAAGUUAAGUUGUUGCUAUGGCAACAAUCCUGGCAGACAAUUGAGUAAUAUUUUGAUGAUUUAUUUUGUUUGUAAUUAGUUAUUAUAAGAAAAUCUAGAUCCUAGAUAUUAGAAUAAAAUUUAUUUUCUACUGUAUCCAUUUCAAAUGUUAAAGUAUUGUUUAAAUAUUUUUUGAAAUCCCUGAAUAUCAGGCCUUGUUAUAAUUAAGCUGCAUAAUCGAUAGAUCAAGGGACUUUUUGUUGAUAAUCCAAAUACUCAAAGUUUACGUAACAAGAAUUUUAGUGUGUGCAAACUCUUGAGGGUUGAUUAUGCUGCAGUUUAGCAUGUUGGAACGUUGAGGAAAGAAGGUUGACUUUUUGCACUUCUGUAUAUAGUCAAAAAAAAAAAGAGAGAAACCUGUAUAAUAGUGAGAUCUUAUUUUGAAUAAAAACGUCUAUAAUUACAAGGAGUUUUGUUAAGGCUAAUAAAAAAAAAAUGACAGGCUGAGCAAAAUUGCUUGCAAAAGUGGCAGAGUUAGCACUCCAAACCCCUCCCAAAAAAGUGGCUUUGCUUUUUGUGGACAGCUUGUAGUUUGCCAGGAUUUUUUCAGCUGGAAAGAUAUGCCAUCCUUCCAAGAUCUCAUGACUGACAACCGCUCCACUGGUCCAAAUAUGCCUGAAGAUCAUUGCCAAAAAUAGCAGGUACUUAUUGCAACCAUUAAGGUUAAAUCAUGGAUCAGAGAGUCCUUACAUUAUUCAAAACUACUGCAUGUUUAAACUAUCAAAAAAAAAUAAGGAGAACUAUAUUAAGAAUAUAUACUAUUCAAACCAGUUUCUGACAAUUUCAGUGGUUUAUUGUUCACAAAACAAAAAUCUUCAAAAUGAGUAUUGACUCUCACAAAAAGUUAAAAAAUCAUGAACAGGCAAACCAAACAGCACACCGUAGCUAUUGUUGUUAUGUGAUUGUUUUUUUAUUGCUAUUAGUGAGCUGUUCUUUUAGCA